AGUUUUACUUACCGUUCUCGCAGGGUUCCGCUCGGAAGCGAGAACCUGUUUUAUGCAACCAGAAGUUUACGGAGUAAUCAGUCGAUCCUUCACCAGAGCUCGUUGUGCCUAUCACUCUAUAUAAAGCAGUCAACAACAUGAACACUAUUAACACUAGGGACGUUACGGAGAUGCUUGUCGAGAAGAAGGAGGAGGAGGACUUCACCACCUUGCACAAGAGUCCGUCUAGAGCAUCGGAUCUCUCUGAGACUACAGCGACUAGUAGUGAGUUCUUGGCAUCUCCUGAUGAUGAUAGUAAGAAGGUGAGCAAGUGGGAUUUGAAGACGCAGACACCUCAUGGUGGCCAGGAGUGGUCGGAGAUUAGUAAUCUUGUCGAGGACUUCUCGGUCACGACCAAUGGACUCGGGCCGGUACCAGAAGCACUGGAAGCUGCUAAGGAGGCGCUGCUCACUAUUGAGCAUUACCCUCCGAGUGACUUCGAGCCUGCCAUCACUGAUCUAGCAAAGUUCCUAUCUCCCGAAGACUGUUCUGACACUCGCUCUCGCUUGCUAUUGGGCAAUGGCGCCAGCGAAAUGAUUGAUAUGAUAUCUAGACUUGCCCCGAAGGGUCCAUGGAGACCAGGCCCGUUCGCCACCCAAUACCAAGAGUACCGUCGCUCUGCUACUAAUGCUGGUCGCAACGAGCUGGGUUGGUCUGAUCUCGAUGGUGGCGCUAAGUUGACCAGUAUCGUGAAUCCAUGCAACCCCACUGGUGACUAUAUGCAUGUCGAGGAGAUAAAAGAGUACAUCAGCAAGAUGUGUGACGAUAACAGUUGGGUGGUGGUCGAUGAGUCUAUGCAGCCGUGGAUGGGUCCUGAGUGGCGCUCAGACUCUUUAACUAGUCAGAAGGAGUUCAUGCAGGAGAUACAGAGAACCAGAGGCAUCAGUGUUUAUGUGAUCCACUCGUGGACCAAGAUCUGGGCUUGUCCUGGUAUCAGACUGGGUUCGGUUGUGUGUCCCACUGCAGAGGAUGCCAGUGCUAUUAAGAAGAUGCAAGUACCGUGGUCCGUGAAUGUCAUGGCCCUGCAUUACCUGUCUGCUUGCUGCAAGGCUGAGGAGUACAUGAAGAAGACCUGGAAGACGACAAUUGAGUGGAGAUCUUAUAUCGUUGAAGGACUUAGACAUCUCAACUUCNNNNUCAUCAACACCAUCGAUAGAGCCGUCAAAGACUAUCGCUAUGAUCUGAAGUAG